CCAGCGAAAAGAUGUUAUCAUUGACGGGAGUGUCGACACUGCUGUUGAUCGUGGCGGCCAUCAAAGCAGAAGAUAAUGAGUUCAACACCGGCAAUUUGGAUUUCGCGUUGAAAUUCUUUAAAAAUUCCCACAACCAAUCCAGUAAUUCAGUUGUGUCUCCGAUAUCGGUUCGACUCGCGCUGGCUGCCAUCUACCAAGCCGCUGAACCUCCGCUGAGUCAGGCCAUUCAAGAGGCAACGGGACUCUCGGAACUACGAAAACAACAAACAGCCGAAGAUAUUACCAGCUUCCUGCAAACCACCAACAACGAACAGUUUCAUGUUCAUUUCAAAGCCUACAAAAAAGCUGAAGAAUUGGAUCCGAAAUUCGAAACAGCCAUACGAACAUUGAGUGAUUCCGGAAUUGAAACUGUGGAUUUUAGUGAUACUGAAAAUCUAUCGAAAUCCGUCAACCAAUGGGUUUCCAAUGCCACCGAUCAAAUGAUUCGGGAGAUGGUCCAGGAAAGGACCAUCGAUCCGGCCACGGAGUUCAUGCUGAUCAACACCGUCGCACUGAAGGCCCAGUGGGCGAACCGGUUCCCUUCGGAUAAAAUCCGACGAAUGCCAUUCCAUUUCAUCAACGGCGAUCGGGAGGUGGACAUGAUGCAACAGGUAAUGACGGUUCCGUACCGGGUAACCGAACACUUUCAUGCCGCCGAGUUGCUGUACAGUGCCGAUUCGGAUCUGUCGAUGUGGUUACUUUUGCCCCGCAGCCGAGGACAGUUGCCGGAGUUGAUACGAAUGUUGUCACCGGAGAUGAUCGAAAAUAUUCGACUCGGCAGUAAAACGGUUUCGCUGAACGUUGAAAUGCCACGGUUCACGAUCCGGAAUGAACUUGACGUCCGCCGGGUACUGCAGAACAUGGGCCACGGUCGACUGUUUGAGCAGUCCGAUUUGCAGGUUUUCGCCACUCGGCGAUCGCAGUUCGACGACUUCUUUCAAAGUGCGAUCAUCGCAGUGGACGAGGCGGGCACGAGGGCCGUAGCCGCAUCAAGGAUCAACGUAAAAUGGCGCAUCGGACCGCGACCCUUUCUCGCGCACAGACCGUUUCUAUUUUUCGUUCAAAAGCGCUCGACAAACACAAUUUUAUUCAUUGGACAAUACUCGAACCACGAGGACUAGGUUGGUUCGGCCUACCGGAUGCCGAAACCCCUCGAACCGGAUUUGCUUUUCUUUUCAUCAUAAUAACCCUGUUACUUUUUCAAUA